AUGCCUCUCCUUGACCAGCUCUCUCCUACAAGAUCACAGCUUACAACACUAGGCAAAAGGGAAGGAAGCUUAGUGUUGGAGGGUCAUCACACCUAUCUGUGCAGCUGGAGUCCAACUGGACAAGAGAAGGUCUACUCCAGGAAUGCGGAUUUGGGUGAGCCUGAGUGCUAUUACUUUGAGGAGUAUGAGGCUCCAAGGAUGAACCCCUCUGUUGUGGCUGCCCACAAGAGGAUUGGACUUCUCCAAAAGUUCAACAAGUGGCAAGGGAAAGCCAUGGAAAGAUGCAAAAGUCCAUGGACAAGAUGGUGA